AUGAAUGAUCAAAUGAAUUUUCUUGAAUAUUAAAACUAACAAAAUUUUAACAUAAACAAGAAAUAUAGACCAUUAACAAGUAAACCUCCUUUGAAAUUGGUUAAUAUUGCUUUAGGUAGAGAUGGGCGUAAUUUCAUAAACAAUAAAAAAGAAAAACUUCUUCCUCCUAUUGAAUCGAUACAAUUGUAAUUAAACUCUCGAUUAGCCUCAGCAUCACGCUGCUCAUCAAAUGAGAGAAAUAAAGAAAAUAUUAAUUUUCAAAAUAGACCCUUACUUCCUGUCAAAUCAGAUUCCAUAUCUAAUUUAAUUAACAAGAAAAGAAGCUCUUCUAACUAUAUAAGUAAUAACAAAGGUAAUACAAGCACCUAAUCAACCGCUUCUUCUUCAUCUUCAAUUUAAAAUGGCAGCAUUAGCACCAAAAAUAUAAACAACUUACAACCAAAUGCUAACUAAAAAUCUCCUUACCUAUUUAAGUAAGGCAGCAGCUGUUCAAUAUAAAGAUAAACAAAUACUCUAAAUACUGAAUAAUCCUCUAGUUAAUGCAGUCUAAAUUCUUUCGAAGACUAUAUUAACAAACCAAGAAAAUCAACUGUUAGUUAAAAUUAGAUCAAUAAUAAGUGCAAAGAAUAAAAGCCAUUAUCUGCAUAAUUUUCAAAAAAACCUAGGGUUCUAAGCGUAAAAAGAUCUCAAAACCCAGAUAUAACCUUACUCGAAAAUGCACACCCUUUAAUUGAAACUUCUAGCUGUCUGCCUAUACUAAAAAAGUAGAUUACAGCUUUUCCUCCAUAAGUCACUGCUAAAGCUUGGGCAUUAUUUGAUGGAAGUAGUGGUAAAUUUAUAGAUGGAAAAUGUGUUCACAAUCAAAGAGAAGUUGCAAGUUUAACUAAAAUAAUGACUUGCUACACUGUAAUAGAAUUUUUUGAGCAAAUUUUGUAAAAAGACAUGAAGAGAGUUUUUGUAAGAGUCUCUAGUCGUGCAUCUCAAACAAAUGGUACUUCUGCCAGGUUAAAAUACAAUAUGAUUAUAAGUAUAUGGGAUCUAUUAUAUGGAUUAAUGUUACCAAGUGGCAAUGAUAGUGCAGUUUGUUUAGCUGAGAAUGUCGGCAGCUUAAUGUACCUCUAUUAUGUUAAAUAAGAUAAUGAAAUAUUGUAAGAUGAAUUCAUUUACGAUGAGUAGCUAUUGCAUAAAAAGUUAGAACUUGAUUCGACUCCUAAUACAGGAAUGUAAAGAUUUUUGGUUCAAAUGAACAUUAAUGCUGUAAAUUUUGAGCUGAUUAAUACUAACUAUAGCAAUCCCCAUGGAUUAAAAAAUCCAUUGAAUAAAUCUUCAGCUUAUGAUGUUGCUAAAAUAUCAUGCAAUGCUAUGAAACUCGAGUCUUUUAAAAAAAUUGUUACAACAAAAAUUCAUACAGCUUAAGUAAAAGUAAAAAAUUAGUAGGGUUUAUAUGAAAAUGUAUCAUGGACAUGGGAAAAUACAAAUAAAUUACUUGAUAAAGGAUGGUCAGGAAUAAAAACAGGUAUUACUGAUGCAGCUGGACCUUGCUUAGCGAGCUGCAUAAAGUUUAAGGAUCCAAUUAAUGAAAUAAAUAGAUAUUUAAUAAUAGUAAUUUUGAGUGCAUAGAGUAUGGAUAUUAGAUGGUCUGAAUGCUAAAAAAUAGCAGCUUGGGCUGUUGAAAACUAUGAUCUCGAAAUUUGA